AUGGGACCGACCACGAAGCCGAUAGCGAGGACCGCGCGCGUCCAACCAAUCGCGGCUGCCAAGCCAGGCCCGAGCCGCCAGCACGUGCAGGUGGCGGUGCGCAUUCGGCCGAUGGGUAGCCUGGACCGCGUCGAAAGCGUCCUCAAGGCACCAACGCACCCUGUCGUGCUCGUCCCGAGUAAGAAGAAGCAGCUGCAGUUCGAUCACGUUUUCGACGACACGGCGACCGACGCGGCGGUCUUCGCACCGGUCGAGCCGCUCUUAGCAUCGUUCCUCGCCGGCUACAACGCGACUGUGCUCGCUUACGGCCAGACGGGCUCGGGUAAAUCGUACUCGAUGGGCAGCGACGGCGUCAACCCCCACGGCAUCAUUCCAUUGGCGCUCGACGCCAUCUUUGCGCGGCUCGCGGGAGACGACACAUGGACCGCCCAUGUGACCUUUUGCGAAAUCUACGGUGAUGACGUCCGCGAUCUAUACGCCAAGCAGACGCUGCUCAAAGUCACGGACGCGCUGUCGCCCAUGAGCGUAGAGGGCGCCGACGACGCCCAGCGCCGCCUCCUCGACGGCCUCCGGCACCGCACGACGGCGGCGACCAAAAUGAACGCGACGAGCUCGCGGUCCCACGCGAUCUUCACUUUGCACUUGCAGCAGCGCAACGAGUGUCGCAGCUUACGAUCCAAGCUUCACUUUGUCGACUUGGCCGGCUCGGAGCGGCAAAAGAAGACCCUCGCCGAAGGCCUCCGGUUCCGCGAAGGCGUCAACAUCAACAAAGGCCUUCUCGCGCUGGGCAACGUUAUGAACGCACUCAGCGAGAAGAAGGCGCACGUGCCGUACCGCGACUCGAAGCUCACGCGACUGCUCCAAGAUGCACUGGGCGGCAACAGCCAGACAUUGAUGCUGGCCUGUGUGAGUCCUGCCAAGCGCCACUUGAGUGAGACGCUCAAUUCGCUCGAGUACGCGCUACGCGUGCGUAAAAUCUGCAACAACGUGUCGCUCAACGCCGUGCAAUCAGACUCGCCGGCCGUUCUGGAGCUCCGCCGCCAGAUAGAUGCGCUCUUGGUAGAGAAAACGACGCUCCAGUCGCAGCUCGCGGCCCUCGUGGCGCAGCAGCAGGCGACGCUUGGUCUCCCAAUCGCGUGGCACGCACGCCAAGUCCAUGCUUUCUUCCUCGAGGCAGCGCCGAUCGUCUGGGACUUACUGCGCGCGGCGUCGCAACGCAUCGAGCGCAUCUCGAUCCAAACGGUGGUGGCGGUCGCCGCCCACCCGCGCGUGCGCCAGGCGAAAAACGACAUGCAGCGCCAUCCCGUCGCGAGCGUCGUCGUCCUAUGGAUCGCCAACGUCGGCUUUGUCGUGAGCUGCAGCGCCAUGUACUGCGUCGACCUCGUGCUGCCGCGCUUGCUGACCUAG